AUGGGGAAGAGCGAGAAGAAAGGAAAAAAAGGAACAAAGAAAAAGAAAGGAAGUAAAAAAUCUCAGGAAGACAAAAUGACGUUUGCUGAAGCUCUCCUUGCCUAUCAAAUUCAGAUGAAGGAGUCUAUGAUUGAAGAACUUUUGGCUGAGGUGAAACAAAUAGAAGAAAAGAAUACAAGAUACAAGGAACGGAAUGAACGUCUAAAGGCCGAGCAGACGGGACAUGUCAAGGAGCUGCUGAGUGACGCCAAAGCCCAGGAACGGGAACUGGCUAAGAAGGAGAUUGUCAACCGGGAAGAAGUAGACGAGCUGAUGAAAGAGAAAUGGGAUUUUAUACGGCAGAAGGAGAAUUUGCUGGAAGAGAUCCGCAGAGAAAUAUUGCAUCUGGAGAAGCAGAUUACAGUGGCAAAGACAGAGAGGGAUUAUUGGCUGGAAUAUAAGAAUGUGGGGAGUCCAGAGCAUGCCAAACAGAUUCAUCUCCUGCAAGAGGAAAUCAAGCAUAUGGCACAGAACUUCACAGACAUAAAUGAACAUUUCAGAAGAAACUUGGAGAUGACAAAAGAAAAGAUAGACAAGGAAACAGAGAGGAAGAUGGGUCUGACAAGAGAGAUGGCCACACUGGACGCAGUGAAGCAUAUUGACCAGGAAAGCCAGAAAGAAAUCCAAGAGAAUGAGUGGAUGAAGAAAGAGGUUGCAAUUUACAGUAAAGACAUUCAGGAUCUGGAGAAGACUGUUUAUAAGACGGAGCAAGAAAAUUUGCAAUUAAUAAGUCAUCUUUUCAAUUGCCGGCUUCAGGAUCUAAAAAUAUCCAGGAAUGCCUUCCUAACGCAGGUGGUUGGCCUGGAUCCACCAGAAGUUCUAGAGAACAGG